CUCUCCCAAUCCAACGAGAUUAAAGAAAGACCAAAUCUAUCCAUUCACCCCAACAAAAUCUGCCUUGACCCGAGUCUACCAAUUCGAUCACCUCUGUCUGCCCUCUCAAAUCAUUUAUCUUCUUCUUGUUUCCACACCGUCUCUUUGGGUCCAACAACACUGCUUUCACGGCCUUUGCUUGCAAUCGGCUUCCUGGAAUUUGGCCUCUCAAUUCGAUUGCGCGUGAAAAUUCCUUGUUGAAGAUCAGAUUGCAGCAAUGCAGAGCCAAAUUGUGUGUAGUGGGUGUAGGAGCACGCUUCUCUAUCCUAGAGGAGCUACAAAUGUUUGUUGUGCAUUGUGUAGUGCAAUUACCCAAGUCCCUCCUCCUGGGAUGGAAAUGGCUCAACUUAUAUGUGGAAGUUGCCGAACAUUGCUAAUGUAUGCACGUGGAGCAACAAGUGUGAGAUGCUCCUGCUGCCACAAUGUGAACCUCGCACCACAAGCAACCAACCAGGUUGCUCACAUCAACUGUGGGCACUGCCGCACAACAUUAAUGUAUCCAUAUGGAGCUCCAUCAGUCAAGUGUGCUGUUUGUCAAUAUGUUACUAAUGUUGGGAUGGCCAAUGUGAGGGUCCCACUUCCUAUGAACAGACCUAAUGGCACAGCUGCUUCUGGAAAUACGCCCUCUACUUCAACAAGCCAAACAGUUGUUGUUGAAAACCCCAUGUCUGUUGAUGAAAGUGGCAAAUUGGUGAGCAACGUUGUAGUUGGCGUCACAACUGAUAAAAAAUAAUUCUCAUAAGAUUUUGGGCUUGAUUGCAUCUUAUUCUGGUAGGGAAACUCCAAGAUGUUGUUAGGAUUGAUGGACAAUGGACAAUAGAAGUGAAAAUUUUAUUGUGUAUAUUGUGUCGAGAGAUGGUGAUGGAAGUUCAUUCUUCCAACAAGAGGGUCAUAAGAGAAAAUGUAUUGAGGCACAUUUUGAGGAGUUGAAAGGGCAUUGCAUUUGUACGAGUUGGUAAAGUGGAACUGAUGUGUGCUGCAUGCAUAUAUGUCAUCACUCUACCUUGUGUUCCUAAAAUUAUAUAGAUAUUUUUUUGUUUGACAAUGUCUAUUUUGUAUAAACCGUUAGUGGCAUCGGCAAGGAAAAUGACUUUGUUAUGUUUAUAGCAUGUGCAUGCCAAAAUAACCAACUGUCGUUUCA